UAUAGUGCAACAAUAAUUUCAGGAGUAGAUUCCUUAAUGCCCCUUAUCCAUUUAGCCUAUCCCCCUCCAACAACCCUGUUUGUUCUCUAUAUUUAAGAGUCUUUUAUGUUUUGUGCCCCUCCCUGUUUUUGUAUUAUUUUUGUUUUGCUUCCCUUAUGUUCAUCUGUUUUGUAUCUUAAAGUCCUCAUAUAAGUGAAGUCAUAUGAUAUUUGUCUUUCUCUGACUAAUCUUGCUUAGCAUAAUACCCUCUAGUUCCAUCCACGUAGUUGCAUAUGGCAAGAUUUCAUUCUUUUUGAUUGCCGAGUAAUACUCCAUUGUAUGUAUAUACCACAUCUUUAUCCAUCCAUCCACUGAUGGACAUUUGGGCUCUUUCCAUACUUUGGUUAUUGUUGAUAGUUCUGCUAUAAACAUUGGGGUGCAUGUGCCCCUUCAAAACAGCACACCUGUAUCCCUUGGAUAAAUACUUAGUAGUGCAAUUGCAGGGUCCUAGGAUAGUUCUAUUUUUAAUUUUUUAGGAACUUUCAUACUGUUUUCCAGAGUGGCUGCACCAGUUUGCAUUCCCACCAGCAGUGCAAAAGAGAUCCUCUUUCUCCACAUCCUCGCCAACAUCUGUGGUUGCCUGAGUUGUUAAUGUUAGCCAUUCUGACAGGUGUGAGGUGGUAGUUCAUUGUGGCUUUGAUUUGUAUUUCCCUGAUGAUGAGUGAUGUUGAGCAUUUUUUUCAGGUGUCAGUUGGCUAUCUGGAUGUCUUCUUUGGAGAAGUGUCUAUUCAUGUCUUGCCCAUUUCUUCACUGGAUUAUUUGUUUUUUGGGUGUUGAAUUUGAUAAGUUCUCUAUAGAUUUUGGAUACUAAUCCUAUAUCUGAUAUGUCGUUUGCAAAUAUCUUCUCCCAUUACAUCGGUUGCCUUUUAGUUUUGCUGAUUGUUUCCUUCGCUGUUCAGAAGCUUUUUAUUUUUGCUUUUGUUUCCCUUGCCUCCAGAGCUGUAUUGAGUAAGAAGUUGCCAUGGCGAAGGUCAAAGAGGUUUUUGCGGGGCGCCUGGGUGGCGCAGUCGGUUAAGCGUCUGACUUCAGCCAGGUCACGAUCUCGUGGUCCAUGAGUUCGAGCCCCGCGUCAGGCUCUGGGCUGAUGGCUCGGAGCCUGGAGCCUGUUUCUGAUUCUGUGUCUCCCUCUCUCUCUGCCCCUCCCCUGUUCAUGCUCUGUCUCUCUCUGUCCCCAAAAUAAAUAAAAAACGUUGAAAAAAAAAAAAAACAUUUUAAAGAGGUUUUUGCCUGCUUUCUCCUCGAGGAUUUUGAUGGCUUCCUGUGUUACAUUUAGGUCUUCCAUCCAUUUUGAGUUUAUUUUUGUGUAUGGUGUAAGAAAGUGGUCCAGGUUCAUUCUUCUGCAUGUGGCUGUCCAGUUUUCCCAGCACCACUUGCUGAAGAGACUGUCUUUAUUCCAUUGGAUAUUCUUUCCUGCUUUGCCAAGGAUUAGUUGGCCAUACGUUUGUGGGUCCAUUUUUGGGUUCUCUAUUCUGUUCCAUUGAUCUGAGUGUUUGUUUUUGUGCUAAGCUUUCCUUCUUUGGAUUUACUUUGUAACUUUAUAUAUCUUUAAAGAUAAACCUCUUCUUUUUAGUCUUCUGGUUGUCUCUGCUGUGUUUUUCUUCACUCAAAGUUAAAUUUGAGAAAAUGGAGUAGUGUAGAGCAUAGUAUGUGGCAAGUCAGUACUGCUAGUUGUAGAGACCACAUUAGUGAAAAUAUUGGUUUCCUUUACUAUUUGGUAUUUAUUAGUCUUUAAAGCUCCUCAUUAAUCCACACUAUCUUUAAGACUGAUAGUAAUUUCUUUCUUUGUAUAGGAUUCCUGAAUUCUAAAGGAAAAUUAAGCUUGGUUGCAGCAUAGCUACAGUGUAGAUCAACUGUGAUAUUGUAGCUCCUCUCGACUUUACAUUGGCCUCCUCUGUCCCUUGCCCUUACUUAUUAGGGUGGUAAGUAUUACUUUAAAACUCUGCUCAAAAUGCCCUAGUGAAUUGCCUUGUGAUUCUACUCCUUAAGGUAAUAAUUGUAGACCAGAUCAGUCAUGAGAAAAAUCUAUUCCAAUUUGUACCUGUGUUUUCUGCUGGUGAAACACUGAAAAUUUGAAUCUAUUUUAAUGUUAGUCUUAGAGUUCUUUUUUGUUGUUGUUUUAAUUAAUUAAUUAGUUAAUUAAAGUAAUCUCUACACCCAAUGUGGAGUUCAAAUUCACAACCCCGAGAUCCAGAGUCACAUGCUGUACUGACUGAGCCAGCCAGGGACCACAACCCUGCAGAGUCUUAAACUGGAUCUCAAUUCAGUAUUUGCAACUCAAGUGCCAGACAGAGAGUAAGCGCUCAGAAACCUUUCUCCAUUUGACCCAAAUCCCAACAUUGGCUCAGGAUCUUAUUGUCCAUUGGGAAGAAACACUUAACUUAGCUAGGAUUAAUGAUCCCCUAAUUUGACCAAGUUGAAAUAUUUUUUACCAAGGGUACAUACAAGUUAGACUAACUUCUGGGAGUAAGGAAACUUCAAAAUAACAUUCACUUCACAAUCACAACAUAAUCAGGUAUGUGUGUGUGUGUGUGUGUGUGUGUGUAUAAAUCAACAGUCCAUUUCUUCAUUUUCAUGAUCAACUUUUGUUAUUUGCCUAAAGUUGUUAAGACUUUACAAGUUCUGUUUGUAGAUACCUGGGCAAGACACCAGAACCACUUGUGUUUAAAUAAUAUUGCUAUUCCAUGCACAGUUCAAGGUUCUAGUAUUUUCUCUUAAGAGAAAAUUCCUCUCCUCCCUCACUUCCACAAAAAAAAAAAAAAAAAAAAAAAAGAAUUGUGCUGAAUUAGUUGGUUUCCACAGGUACUAAGUUUAUAAGGUUUAACAAAGCAGAAAAAAUAUGUAUUUCUGUAUUAAAAGAUUUUAAAAUAAUUAUUUGAGUUUCUAUAUGGAUAAUCUAGAUAACUAAGGAUUAAAAACUAAAAUUUUUUUCCUGAAUUACCAGAAAUUUUCUGAUUUUCUCAAAUUGAUGCCAUAGUUUUAUAUUACAUAAUGACUAAACUGUCAAUUUUUGGGUUUUUAAAAAAAUUUUUUUAAUGUUAAUUUAUCUUAGAGACAGGGAGACAGAGCACAAGGGGGGGAGGGGCAGAGAGCGAGGGAGACACAGAAUCCGAAGCAGGCUCCAGGCUCCGAGCUGUCAGCACAGAGCCUGACACGGGGCUCAAACUCAUGAACCUUGAAAUCAUGACCUGAGCUGAAGUCAGAUACUCAACUGACUAAGCCAUUCAGGUACCCCUAAACUGUCAAUUUUUCUAAUACUGAUAGACCAACUCUAUUAUUUACUGGCCCCAAACUCAGAUGAAACAUCAAUUACCAGACAGUCUUCAAAUAUCCCUUGCAGAAUUAUCACAGGAUAUAUAUUUUUGUCAUCUCAGUGCCACCAGUUAGCUUGCUGUUGACACAAAUAUUUGUUUACUCAUCUUUCAAGAAACUUUACUCCAAGAUAAUAUUGUCAAGUAAGGAAGCUGAUAAAUAAGGAAACUAAUGCAGAUGUAAAAUAGCACAAAAUUAUUAAUUUGUUUUAGGGAAUUGUUAUUCAGUAAUGACUUUCUAUGCAAAACUUUUAAACUGUGCGAAAGUCAGAAACUGAAAUCUAAAACUGUUUCAAUAUAUUUUUUUAAAAUUUUUUUUAAUGUUUUAUUUAUUCUUGAGAGAGAGAGAGAGAGACAGAGCAUGAGCGAGGGAGGGGCAGAGAGAGAGCGGGACACAGAAUCCGAAACAGGCUCCAGGCUCUGAGCUGUCAGCACAGAGCCCAACACAGGGCUCGAACCCACAAGCGGUGAGAUCAUGACCUGAGCCCAAGUCGGAUGUUCAACCAACUGAGCCACCCAGGCACCCCUCAAUAUAUUUGUAAAUAAUGCCAACUAUGCAUGAUGUGAUUAGUAUCUUAUUUAUAAAUUGCUGUUCUCUGUUUAUUUUAGGUGUGGAAAUUAAAAUAACACAAGUAUUUUUACCGGGGCUUUGAUCAAGCAAAUGCUCAAAAGCCAUAUAAAGAAGAUACUUAACAGUCAUUUCUCAACAAUUAUAUAGUCAACUGAUGUAACAAUGGUACUAAUAUUGGGACGAAGACUAAACAGAGAGGAUCUUGGGGUGCGUGAUUCCCCAGCUACUAAACGUAAAGUUUUUGAAAUGGACCCUAAAUCUCUGACAGGCCGUGAGUUUUUUGACUUCUCUUCAGGAUCAUCCCAUGCUGAAAACAUACUCCAGAUAUUCAAUGAAUUCCGAGACAGCCGCUUAUUCACAGAUGUUAUCAUUUGUGUGGAAGGCAAAGAAUUUCCUUGCCAUAGAGCUGUUCUCUCAGCCUGCAGUAGCUAUUUCAGAGCUAUGUUUUGUAACGACCACAGAGAAAGCAGAGAAAUGUUGGUUGAGAUUAAUGGUAUUUUAGCUGAAGCCAUGGAAUGUUUUUUGCAGUAUGUUUAUACUGGAAAAGUAAAGAUCACUACAGAGAAUGUACAAUAUCUCUUUGAAACAUCAAGCCUCUUUCAGAUUAGUGUUCUCCGUGAUGCAUGUGCCAAGUUCUUAGAGGAGCAACUUGAUCCUUGUAACUGCUUAGGAAUCCAGCGCUUUGCUGAUACGCAUUCCCUCAAAACACUCUUCACAAAAUGCAAGAAUUUUGCAUUACAGACUUUUGAGGAUGUGUCCCAGCAUGAAGAAUUUCUUGAGCUUGAUAAAGAUGAACUUAUUGAUUAUAUUUGUAGUGAUGAACUUGUUAUUGGUAAAGAGGAGAUGGUUUUUGAAGCCGUCAUGCGUUGGGUCUAUCGUGCUGUUGAUCUGAGAAGACCACUGUUACAUGAGCUCCUGACACACGUGAGACUCCCUCUGUUGCAUCCCAACUACUUUGUCCAAACAGUUGAGGUGGACCAAUUGAUCCAGAAUUCUCCUGAGUGUUAUCAGUUGUUGCAUGAAGCAAGACGGUACCACAUACUUGGGAAUGAAAUGAUGUCCCCAAGGACUAGGCCACGCAGGUCAACUGGCUAUUCUGAGGUGAUUGUUGUCGUUGGAGGCUGUGAACGGGUUGGAGGAUUUAAUCUUCCAUACACUGAGUGUUAUGAUCCUGUGACAGGAGAAUGGAAGUCUUUGGCUAAGCUUCCAGAAUUUACCAAAUCAGAGUAUGCGGUCUGUGCUCUAAGGAAUGACAUUCUUGUUUCAGGUGGAAGAAUCAAUGGUCGUGAUGUGUGGAUUUAUAACUCACAGUUAAAUAUUUGGAUCAGAGUUGCUUCUCUAAAUAAAGGCAGAUGGCGUCACAAAAUGGCUGUCCUCCUUGGUAAAGUAUAUGUUGUUGGAGGCUAUGAUGGGCAAAACAGACUUAGCAGCGUGGAAUGUUAUGAUUCCUUUUCAAAUCGAUGGACUGAAGUUGCUCCCCUUAAGGAAGCAGUGAGUUCUCCUGCCGUGACUAGUUGUGUAGGCAAAUUGUUUGUGAUUGGUGGAGGACCUGAUGAUAAUACUUGUUCUGAUAAGGUUCAAUCUUAUGAUCCAGAAACCAAUUCUUGGCUACUUCGUGCAGCUAUCCCAAUUGCCAAGCGGUGUAUAACAGCCGUAUCCUUAAACAACCUGAUAUAUGUUGCUGGUGGGCUGACCAAGGCAAUAUACUGUUAUGAUCCAGUUGAAGAUUACUGGAUGCAUGUACAGAAUACAUUCAGCCGACAGGAAAACUGUGGUAUGUCUGUGUGUAAUGGUAAAAUAUAUAUCCUGGGUGGAAGACGGGAAAAUGGAGAAGCCACAGACACUAUUCUCUGUUAUGAUCCUGCAACAAGUAUCAUCACAGGGGUAGCUGCAAUGCCCAGGCCAGUGUCCUAUCAUGGCUGUGUGACUAUUCAUAGAUACAAUGAAAAAUGCUUUAAGCUCUAAAGCCGGGAUACCUCACCCAAGAAGCCACACCAAUCCAAGAUGAGAGGUUUGAAAAACUCCAGAGUGGGAACUUGACAUAUCUCCUUUGUGCCAUGUACGCAAAAAAAGUAAAGAUAAUAAUUGUGGUGCCUUUCCCCCCAAAAUAACCUUUCAAACUGUAAUAAAGCCUUUCCUGUAA